UUCAAGAAGAAGAAGAAGAAAGGUUUUCUAAUAGCCACUGUUUUUACCUAUGCGGAUUUAAGCCUGCUGAUUUUUUAUCGAACAAUGUUAACGCUACAUUUAAACUUAAGUAUAUGCUUAAAAUUAAGGCCUUUAUUAAGAUUUAUAGGCACUAAAACACAAAUCGGUCUGCGGAAUGAAAAGGAAACAAUUGAUGAGAAGCCAUUACCCCAACUGACUGAAAGUAAACUUAUGGAAGAAAUGGGCACACCUAAAACUGGUCGUCCACGAAUCGAUCCUAAAGAGACUUCAAUAGUUUUAUUCCCCGGGCAAGGCACGCAAUAUGUGGGUAUGGCAAGCCGAUUAAUGCAUUUUCCUGAAGCCCGUCGUAUAUUUAAAUUAGCCAAUGAGGUGCUAGGUUAUGAUUUACUCAAAUUGUGUUUAGAAGGUCCUCGAGAAAAAUUAAACCGUACCGAGUACGCCCAGCUAGCUGUAAUGGUGUCUUCUUUGGCUGCUUUAGAACAGCUACGUGAAGAGCGCCCUAAGGCAAUUGAAUCUUGUGUAGCUACAGCCGGAUUUAGUUUGGGAGAAUUUACUUCCUUGGUUUUCGCUGGAUCUCUGCCCUUUGACAAAGCAUUAAAACUAGUGCAAGUGCGUGCGAAUGCGAUGCAAGUAGCCUGUGAUCAAAUACCGGGAGGCAUGGCUAUGGUAUUGUAUGGACCUGAUUCAAAUAUAGGGACAGCUUGCGUUAAGGCUCAGCAAUGGUGCGUUGACAAAGGCAUAGAAAAUCCCCAUUGUGGAGUAGCGAUUUAUAUGUACCCUCAUUGCAAAGUAGUAGCUGGUAAUGUGGAAGCCUUAGAAUAUUUGGAAAAAAAUUCAAAUGCUUAUAAAAUUCGCCGCAUUAAACGUUUGCCAGUCAAUGGAGCAUUUCAUACACCGCUUAUGGACAGCGCUGUAGCCCCUUUUAUUAAAGCUUUGGAGACUAUAAAACUAGAAGACCCGCUUAUCCAUGUCUAUUCGAACAUAGAUGGUAAACCUUAUCGGAAUGCGGCCGGGAUCAUACGAAAGCUGCCAAAACAUAUUGUAAGGCCAGUCAAGUGGGAACAAACAUUGCACGAAAUGUACGAACGUAAACAAGACACAAAUUUCCCGCGAACAUUUGAAUGUGGCUCUGGUAAAGGCCUGAUAGGUAUUUUAGAAAAAGUCAAUGCCAAAGCAGCCAACUCGGCCUUCAGUGUAGAAGCGUAACGUAUAAAUUUAUUAAGAAUGUAUUUGUUUUAACUUCAAUUAACUUAAGUUGAAU